UGAUGCUGAGAUAAAGAAGUCAUGUGUGUACCAGAUAAAGAGCAUCUGCUGAUGAGGGUUGGUGUAGAGCGUAUAUGAGCUGAGUGGUGUCAGUGUUUGUCGACCUCGGAGCAGAAUGGCUGCAGUCACAGAGCUCUCCUUCCUGCUGUUUGCUCUCAUCAACUACAUCCAUGCACAAGAACAGAUCAUCAUCCGACAGAAAGGACACCCUUACACCUUCUUCCUCCCCGAGAACACCAACUCCUGCCUGAUCUCCAGAUCUGUUGGUGAGGAGAAGCUUGUCCUGUGGAACACCUCUGACCUCUGGUCCAACAGCUCCUCAGUACCUGAACACCUGAAACAACGACUUGACAGCGAUGUGGAUACUUCUUCUUACACCAUCCUCAACCUGACCCAUUCAGACUCCGGCCCGUACCGAGAGGAGUGUUGGACUGAGGGCAACGUGACGCAUGACAACAACAUCACAAUUACUGUUUGUACUACUUUGACACAUGGGAUAGCUAUCUCAGCGAGACUUGGAGAACCAGUGGACCUGCCAUGUGAGGGAGCAGCUGAUAAUCUGGAUGUCCAGUGGCUCAAACAGGACUCUAGAUAUGAGCAAGAAACAUGGAGCAGAGUUUUUGGGGACAAUACGACAUCAGUGAUGGACAAUGAUAGAGGAAGAUACCAAGUGGUGACAAACACAUCAGCUCUUCGUGUUUCCAACGUCACAACAACAGACUUUACAGAGUACAACUGUCUGGUGAUGAACCAACAGCAGUGUGUUAGCAGUUACUCUGUAGAGUUGAUCCUACAUUAUAAGAUGAUCUACCGCUCAGUGGAAGAGACCGCUGUGUUGCCGUGCACUAUCACUGACUCCACUGAUGAACAGCCCCCACGUUGGUCUAAACGGAUCUCUGGCCAAGAACUACACAACCAGACUGAUCCUUCAGUAGACCAAAACUACUCGCUGGUGUUUUCAUCUCUAAUGUUAAAUCACUCAGGUUGGUACUCCUGUAAAGCCUCUAGGAUAGAGCAACAUUAUUUGCUGGCGGUGUGCCCCAAAUUUGGCCCCCCUGCUGUAGAGCUCUUCUCAGAGGGAGAAGAAGUCACUCUCAGAUGCAGAGAUUGGGGAAAGGGUGGGGACCAUGAUUGGUUUAUCAAGUCGAACCGAACAGAGGGAAGAAUCUUUAGUGUAAGGUCUGAUCAGAGAAUGAGCAGAGUGAGCUGGUAUGAUAAUGGGAGUCUGGUUAUCUCUAAUAUCUCAGUGGGAGACGCAGGAGAGUACUGGUGUGUAGUUUAUGAUUAUGAUUAUCAGUGUGUGUCAACAGAGAGAACUGUGUUAGUGUGGCUUUAAUACAGCCUGGUAUACACUGGCUUUAAUACAGCCUGGUAUACACUGGC